UUAAAACCUAACCUAUAGGCACAUAUACAUUUCAUUUCAUAUACUGUUAUUUUAUUUUGUUGAAAGGAGAGAGACAGAUAUCCUUUUUCACGCAGCACUUAAGUGGCUGCCGUAUAAAUUAAUCGUACCAUGAAAUUUUUUGUGGCCUGUUUCUUAUCUUCAUAUUAUUUAUUUGUACAAAUAAGUGCUGUGAACAAGUAUUCCAAAGAUGUCAACAUUAACUUUGGGAAAACGAAUUUUGACUUUGAGUAUGAUAUCAAUGUAAGAACUUUGGACAAACCUUUCAGAAUGGCUAAACUCAAUUUACUGUGGACAAAGGCCCAAGUGCGGUUAACUGAACCAAAAUUAAAAUCUUUACUGUCAGAACUCAAAAUCCACGAUAAGGAAGAACUUGCAUUUAAAAAGGUUAAAUCUGAAGGUGGUGACAAAGAAGGGUUAAAAGAAGCGGAUAUGCGAAAAAGACUGAUUGGAAUAAUGAGUACAUAUGGGCUGUUGGAGCAUUUUGAAGAAGUUAAUGACCCAUCUAAGUACAAACCACACAAACCUCUUAGUGGACCUUCUGACACUCAUCUCAACAAGAGUUUGUUCAAAGACAAGAAGCUUAACAAGCUUUGGGAGAAAGCAGAACGCUCGGGAUUCACAGCCGAGGAGUUGCAAGCAUUGAAGGAAGAGUUUAGUCAUCAUCAAGAUAAAAUAGACCAGUAUUAUUCGCUAUUGAACGAAGUAGAAAAGAAAGAUAGUGACGUUCAUGUCAAUUCUAUUGAUGAGAAACUAGACCGUUUUAACAUGAUCGAUGAUAAGGUAGAGCAAGGAAAUGAGGAAAGCAACUACAUUGAAAAAGCAAAUGAACUAAGAGAUAAGCACAGAGACCUCAGAGAUGGCUAUGACCGACUGCAUCGUCUAUCCGUCAAAGGUCCAAAGAGUAAUGAGUUUGUGGAGCCUAAGGUGCAGGGGCUGUGGAAACUUGCCACGGAAACCAACUUUACUGCUGAUGAAUUGGAGUCUCUCAAGGUAGAACUAGCUCACUAUGAGAAAAGGCUUUUAAAACUGAGACACCUGCAAGUAGAGGCUGCGUUGGCCGCUGACUCUCGCAAGAAGAUGGCCGGAGACAAACUGACGCUGAGCGACGUCAAUGAUGAAACCAUCAAGAAACAAGCUCGAAAAGUAGAGAAACUUCAUCUUGAUCUUGAGGCUCGCAUCAUGCAGAAACACAUUGAGCUGUAACUGGUGAUACAGGGAUGUGCCAACUUUGACUCUCUUUAUAACUAAUUUUGCUGAUUUAUUUACCAUUCUAUUGUGGCUUUGUUUCUAGAACUCUAUUCCUCCAGUGUCAUCUAGUUCAAAUCCAGUUAAGAUUGUAAGAGAAAAUUUAGUUCCAAGGCGUUGUAACGGUGUGUAUCUGGUGCAAUGCGUAACGGACUACUUUUUCAUUUCAAUCAGUUGUAAGAAAGUGUUCAUUGCAUUUAUCCUUGAUCAUUUGACACAGAAACAAUUGAGGCUUUUUAGCGAUUUUCCAUACAGGGAAUUAAAAUCAAUGUUAUUUAUAAAGGAAAUGAAUCUAACAAUUUUAAGGGAAUAUUUUAGUGGAAACCAGCCAGGGUAAAUGGAAAUUCACUAUUCUGCAAGUUUGCUGCAGUGAGGGUACUGUAUUGAGUUUUGACAAAUAUUUCUAGCUAAAGAAAGCUGGUUUUAGUCAGUUGAUAACAAAGCAACACAAGGCAUUUCAAUUCAUUGUACACCUUUAGGUUUAAUACACCCAUUUGGGUCCCCAUGUCAAUUUGUAAUGCAGUUGCCAUCGUUGAAAUAUUAAAUUAGUCCAGCUUUUAGAACCGAUAUAGGGAAUUCUCUAAUACUCAGCAUGUUCUUACCUUUUACAGAUUUUAUUCUGAAUAGGAGUUACGGUGUGCUCUGAACUACCAUCAUUAUCACUUCACUCUGCUAACAGCCAAUCCUGAUUGUCAGGACAUGAACCUCCAGAAUAAAACUUCCCCUUAACCCAUGAACCAGACACACCUUUAGUCUAACCUGACCCAUGAUCCAGACAUAACUUUGUAUAACCCAUGAACCAGACACAACUUAGUCUAACCCAUGAACCAGACACAACUUUGUAUAACCUAUGAACCAGACACAACUUUGUAUAACCCAUGAACCAGACACAACUUUGUAUAACCCAUGAAACAGCCACACUUUUCUAUUAUUAGAUUUUUACGAGAGUUAAUUAUUGUGCUGCAACUAAAUGUUAUGAAAUUAUGAAAAUUACAACACCUAACUAUUAGACCAUCACCUGUGCGUAUGGUCUGUUUCUGCAAUGCCUUUUGCUUUACUAUUAACCAUUCUGAGAGCAACUGAGCUUUAGUAACCCCCAUUACUACAUUUUUACAUAACAAUAUUACAUUGCCGAGUUGUGAAACAAAAUUUGCAGUUUUAUUAUAAACCUUGUAUGUGACUAAAUAUAAAGGUUAGUUAAAGUGAUCUUAGAUGAAGUUGAGUGAUUGAGGCAACUAAGUACAACCAUAGAUAAAACAUACUCCCUUAGUAGAUUUCCCAUCCUUGCGGAACAGCUGAAGCCAAUUUUAUUGUUAUGUUAGUUCUGACUGGGAUGCUGUAGAGGUCUAGUUUUGUUUACAAUUUGUUUCUUGUUAUUUCAGUCAUUUAAAAACCGGUUUAAAUAAAUAAAACAAUAUAAAUAACUCGUCCUCUAGUUACAUAACCAAACAGUAAAGCACAAAUCAUGAAGUUAACUCUAAAAUAAUGAAACCAAAUUUUGUCGACACUAGCAAUCAGUGUCGGACAUGAACUUAACACAAGAAACAAGCUUCAAAAUUUACAAUGUGAUGAAAAGUCCACUUGUGUUGGUUAGUCUAUGUGUAUUGUGUAUGUUGUAUCUUGAACCACUAAAAAAUUGCUAAGUGUGUUAUCCUCAUUAUUUAGAUAACAUUUUACCAUUCUUUUGAGAUUAUUCAUACUUUUUAUAGGUGCUUUUUUAAUUAUAUAUUUAAUUUAAGUAUUGUUAUUGGUUAAGUUGACUGUUUGUUAAUGUGUACCAUGUUAAGUUAAUUUGUUGAGGAAUAAUGAAAAUAUGAAUUUUAAUGGGUUUACAAAUAUUUUCUCAAAGAAUCAAUUUUUUUUCAGUUUUCCUGUUAAAAAGUAAAGAAAAUCAAGUAAGCUGUUGUACUGUAAAACAAAUUAGUACUUCAAAUUAUCAAAUUCAAGUGACAUAAGAACAAGAAAUAUAGUGUAAUUAUAUCCAACUUGAACAAAUUUUAUAUUUUUGUUGUGAAAAACUUCACUCGCAUAAUAUUGUUUGUUACAAAUUGAUGGCAAAGGUCCAAAUUUGCUUAGGCAAGCCUUAUAAUUUACCCUAUAUACUGUUGUUGCAUUCUAAAUAGCAUUGCCAUUACUUAAAAAAAGACCUACAUUCGUAACAUAACCUCUUUACUGUAUUAAAAAGUGUUCCGAUUCCAAAACACAAAAUUUUAGAAUUUAUGUAUUAAGAUCUGCAUUUAUCAUUCAUUAAUGUAUUUUAAUAUUUUUAUAACAAUAAAUAAUGUGAUAAACGUCA